AUGGCCGAGCCACAAAGCAAGCUCCAUGCCAUCAUCUUCCCUCUCCCAUACCAAGGCCACAUUAACCCUUCUGUCUGUCUUGCUCUCAAGAUCGCCUCAAAGGGCAUCAAAGUCACUUACGUUGUCCUCGAUUAUGUUCACCGCAAGUUGUCCAAAGCCCGUCGUGGCGGCCCGAGCAACGACGAUUUGUUUGUCGAGGCCCAGAAAUCGGGCCUCGACAUAAGUUGCUCGACGAUUGAUGAUGGUUUUCCCCUCGAGUUUGACCGGGACCUUAAUUUCGCUAUAUACUGGAAUUUCUUGUUUCGUGACUUUCCGGCGCGUGUGGACGAAUUCGUGGGGAAGAUGAUGGGAUCCGACCCGGGUUCGGCCCAUUUCUUGGUUGUCGACUCGAGUUACGUCUGGCCUACAGCAGUUGCCGAGAAAUACAAGCUCGUGCAUGUUUGUUUUUCAACACAAGCAGCUUCUCCUUUUUGCUUGGCUUACCAUGUGGAGCUCCUAAGAGAAAAGGGCCAUCUCGCAUGCAAAGGUAUGUGUACUCUUAACUAA